CACAAGCUCGGUUGAGAGGAGACUGCUCAGCGCGUGGGGGCCUCGACUUGGAACUGCCACUAUUGGGAGGGGACAGGGAAUACUGCGCAUGCGCCUCCAGAAGUCGGGAGACCGCGCCUGCGCGAUUAUUCAGGCGAGGCACAAGCUCUGCUCCUCCUCAGAUGGAGCCAGAAACAGAUGCUCAGGAAGAAAAACAACACUGGAAAAACACAGCGAGACGAUCCACUCAAAGCCCACGAGAGGAUAACUUUGAAAGCCCUUCCUCUUCUUUUAAGAAGCUAUGUCCUGCCAAACCCUCCCCCAGCUUUCUUGAGCUUCCAUCUUCCCAACGGAGGCCCAGCCCAGGUCUGCCCUGUGCCCAGGCUGCAAGGAUAUGGAAAGGACAGAAAAAAUUCACCCCUGAUCAUCAGCCACAGGAAUGUUAUGGCCUACUGGAGUGUAUGCACAACAACAUCCAGAUCCAAACCCAGAUCGCUCUGGCACAGUUGAGCAUCCUGGAAGGCUUGCAGGAAUCCAUGAGCUUGCUUCUGGCUAGCAACGAGGAGAAGGGGAAGGAGCAGAGAGACCAGAAGGGCCUGCAAAGCUCAGCCUCCUCCCCCACCUAACAUAUCCAUAGGUUCGGUGGCUAGCUUUGCUUCCCGUAGUCUCAUCCCUCCGGCUUCAUCUCCUUUGCGUUCACUCUGGCACUGGCUAUCAAGUGUAUGGCGACAGGAUUGGGGUUUGUGUUACCAUGACAACUGAGACGGCUAUGCUAGCGGUGCUGCUUGGAAGUAAAACUAUUGUAAAUA